AUGUGCGGGUUUACUGCAGAAGAAAACCUGAUUCGGCUUCAAAAAUGCCUGCGAGGAAAAGCCUAUGAAGCUGUAAAGUGCAUGUUGAUGCACCCAUCGAAUGUUGGAUCCAUCAUGUCAACGUUGAGAAUGUUAUUCGGCAGCCCUGAGAUUAUCGUACAUAAUUUGAUCACGAAGAUCCAGUCUGCUCCUCCCCCUCGAGCUGAUCGCUUGGAAACUAUGAUUGACUUUGCGCUAUCAGUGAAAAACUUGUGUGCUACCAUUGAGGCAUGUGAACUGAUUGAGUAUACCUACGACGCUACUUUACUUCGUGUUCUGGUGGGAAAAUUGCCUAUUGAUUACAGAGUUGAAUGGGCCAAAUAUCGUCGAUUCAUUGAAGAAGCCAAACUUACCACGUUUUGUGACUGGUUAUAUGAUUUUGCGGAAACCAUUUCAUCAAUCGCCUCAUUGGAUGACGUCGAACUUAAGCACUCGAAGGAAAUGAAAAGAGGACCGGCCUACCUGAAUCUGCAUUCUGAGAUCGAGGAUGAUUAUUCAGAUAAGUACGAGAUCGAAAAUUCGCCACAACUGAAGGAAAAACCCAAACGACAUAUUCAUGCAACGGUAGACAAGAAAAUUUGUAAAGUUUGCAACGGGAACUGUAUUUCGUUGGAAAGGUGCAAGGGCUUUAAGGAACUCACUUACAAAGGUCGUUGGGCUGUAAUUAAUGAACAUGGAUUUUGCAAAAGAUGUCUUGGAAGACAUGCUAGGGCAUGCAAAUCACAGAGGCUCUGUGGCGAGAACGGAUGCUCGUUUAAACAUCAUCCACUGCUUCACAAAUUUCAGAACGACGGUUUCAAUGCAACUCAAAAUGGACCAGUAACGUCUGGGGACUGCAACAUUCACCAUAAGCUGCCAAAUCAUGUUUUAUUUCGUGUGAUUCCUGUAUUCCUUCAUGGGCCCGCCAAAACGGUUAAGACCUAUGCGUUUUUGGAUGACGGCUCAUCAUUAACCUUGAUUGAAAGCGAGCUGGCUGCAGAGUUGGGUGUCACUGGAAAGGCUGAACCACUUUGUCUUCGAUGGACUGGCAACAAAACUCGCAACGAGCCGGAUUCACAGAAUCUUACACUGGACAUCUCAGGAACGCAGGUCGGCCACAAGAGGUAUCGACGUCCCGAAGUACUUACCGUGUCCAAUUUGGAACUGUUUCGUCAAUCGUUGGAUAUGCAAGAUUUCGCCGAAAAAUACAGCCAUCUACGAGGAGUUCCUGCAGAAUCGUAUCGUGACAUCCAGCCACGUAUACUUAUUGGGAGUAAUAACGCUAACUUGGGAUAUGUCCUCAAGGGUCGUGAAGGAGAAAUGCAUGAGCCAGUAGCUACAAAGACCCGUCUGGGGUGGACCGUCUACGGUGAGUGUGAUCUACGAAUUCGGCAAUUCUGUUGUUUUCACGACGUUCAUAUGUGUCAAUGCAAUGGUGCUAAAGAUGAAACAUUGCAUCAGGCGAUGCGUGAUUACUUUUCCAUCGAUGGACUAGGUAUAACGAAGUCAACGGCGCUGGUAGAGUCAAAUGAUGAUCGGAGAGCUCGGAAAAUUUUAGAGUCAUUCUCGCGAAGGGAUGAUGGUCGUUUUGAAGGACGUCUUCUCUGUAAAUACGAUAAAUUUAGAGUUCCGGAUAGCAAACCACAGGCCACGCGUCGUUAUGAACGUCUGGAGGCAAGGAUGAGAAAGGACCCUUCACUAGCAGCGACUCUUCAUGAGAAAAUGCAGGAUUAUGUUGCGAAAGGUUACAUAAGGAAACUGAGCGACGAUGAGAUUGGAGAAGAUUUUCGAAGAGUGUGGUACCUACCGAUAUUUCCGGUCGUUAACCCCAAAAAACCGAACAAAGUUCGCAUCGUAUGGGACGCAGCAGCGAAGAGCCAUGGAAUCGCUCUAAAUUCACUUCUCCUGAAAGGCCCGGACCAAAACACGCCGCUUACUGACGUUCUCAUCAGGUUUCGAGAACACCGAAUCGCGGUUUGCGGUGACAUCCGCGAGAUGUUUCACCAGGUGAUGAUCUCUGAAGAAGACCAACAUUACCAAAGGUUUUUGUGGAAAGAAAACUCUAGCGACCCAAAACCCAGUACGUAUGUCAUGCAAGUUUUAACCUUUGGCGCAUGCUGUUCUCCGAGUAUCGCGCAAUACGCCAAGAACGUCAACGCAAGAGAACAUGCAGGUCAAUAUCCUCAAGCAGCAGCAGCGAUAACAGAUAAUCAUUACGUGGACGAUAUGUUGCUGAGCGUGGAAAGCGAGGCGGAAGCGAUUCGAGUUGCGGAAGAGGUUCGAUUUAUCCAUGGACGAGCCGGGUUCGAAAUGCGGAACUGGAUCUCCAAUUCCCCAGUAGUAUUGGCAGCUUUAAAUCAACCGGAUUGUCUAGAAAAAAGUCUUAACUUAGAUUCGGAACUGUCUACAGAGAAGGUGUUGGGCAUGUGGUGGUGCACUGCUACAGACAGCUUUACCUAUCGGUUAUCUCGAAGGCACGACGCAGAACUUUUGUCCGGCAAACGCAUUCCAACGAAACGAGAAGUACUUCGGACACUUAUGUCAGUUUUCGAUCCGUUAGGAUUUUUAGUUAAUCUGAUGAUUCAUCUAAAGAUAAUCCUGCAGCAAAUUUGGAGAAUUUCCAUAGGGUGGGAUGAACCGAUCCCGAAGAAUAUUUUCGAUCGCUGGUUAGAAUGGAUCGCUGUUUUGCCGAAAGUUGAAGGCAUUCGCAUACCGAGAUGUUUCCGUUUAGAGGUUUCAAUUGAGUCAGAUACGAUAGUUCAGCUGCAUACGUUCGUAGACGCAAGCGAGUUAGGAUACGCCGCAGUUUUGUACCUGCGCUUCAAACAGCAAGAAAGGAUCGAACAAGAAAGGAUCGAAUGUGUUAUAGUUGCCGCAAAAUUCCGCGUAGCUCCCCUGAAAUUUGUAUCUAUACCGAGAAUGGAGCUUGAAGCUGCCUUAAUUGGAGCAAGACUAGCUGAUUCAAUUUGCAAGGCUUUAAGUUUAAAGAUAAACCAACGCGUAUUUUGGAGUGAUUCCAGAGACGUUCUGUGUUGGAUCCGAUCAGAUCACCGGCGUUAUUCCCACUACGUAGCACACCGCGUUAGUGAAAUACUCGAACUAACCCAAAUUUCAGAGUGGAGAUGGAUACCAACAGACGAAAAUGUUGCCGAUGAAGGUACCAAAUGGCAGAGAUCACCAGAGCUGGCAAAUGACAGUCGUUGGCUCAACGGGCCAGAGUUUCUGAGGGAGGACGAGUUAACAUGGCCAACCGAGCAAAUUAGUCGUGAAAUCACCAAUGAAGAACUAAAGGCAGCAAUUUACUACCACGAACAAGUACAUCAGGCACCUGCUAAUCUAUUUGAUACGACGAGGUUUAGCAGCUGGAACCAUCUAAGACGAACGGCGGCAUGGGUUCGAAGAUUCAUCGUCAACAAGGUUCUCCAAUUCAAAAACCAACCACUCGUUCUAGGCCCCCUUUCAGGACAAGAAAUUUAUCGAGGUGAAAUGAUUUUGUUUCGUCAAGCGCAAUAUGAAAAGUUUACAGCAGAAAUCUUAACACUUUCAAACGAUAGAAAUGCACAACAAACUUCUCCCAAGAUCGAGUUCGAUCUAUGA